CUCCCCCACACCCGUCCUAUCUUCGUUGCUCCUCUCUGUCCACCCGUCCUGCCUUUCUUGCCCCCCGCUCCCGCCGGCUUGCCCCCCCCCCGAACCCCGCCAUGUCCCUGCCGAAGGGCAGCUCCGUGGAGCCAGAUCGCUUGUUUACUGGGCAACACCUUGCCCAGGACAACCAGAUCCUCCGGCACGGGAAUCAGCGUCUCAGAUGGCUCAACCGCACACUCGCCGGCAAGGUGCGCGCCAAGCGAGCUGUCGAGUCUCGCGCCUCUGCCGCGCCAUCAAACGCCCCCCACCCUGGCCGGGCGGCACUCCUGUCGCUCCUGGAUGCCGGCCGGCCGUACCAGCCGGCCGGCGGCGAUCAGUCCGACUCCGAGGCCGAGGAGCAUCUUCACUCCUUCUUUCUACCGCCAGACGCGCUGGCCGCCCUGCCGGGGGGCGUGGUCACCGAGCUGGCCGCCGCCGCCGACCUCCCGGUCCCCAGCGACGAGGAGGCCCUCUACGAGCAGGUGACCUACCUGCAGGCCAGCAUGCCGACCAGUAGCAGGCCCGCGAGCGUGGCCCCUGCCCCGCGGCCCGGCAGCCGAGCUCGGCAAGCUGCUAACGCCGCCGGCACCGCCGGGGCUGCCGGCCAGCAGCCGGUCACCAUGGGCGACUCGUACUUCGACGACCGGGCCAUCAUCCGGGGCGGCCUGCUGGACAAGCUGCUCCUCUUCCGCCGUGCCCUGACCAUGGGCGGACACCGUCCUCCCUUGGAGCGCGGCCUUGAUGCCCUCAUGAAGCAUCCCUCCGCGGCGCUGGCCCUCGGUGGGAGUCCCCGCCGCGCGCCAGACGGCCCGGCGACCACCCCCGUGCCCAAGCCGACCGGCGCCACCCCAUCCCCCUCGACACCUCGGCUGCCCGCCUCCUCAUCCUCCGGAGCGUCAUCAUCCGCGGCGUUGGCCCCGGACCCCUCGCCGGCCACCAUGCCCAAGGCCGGCGAGGGGACACCUGCCAACUGACCCGCCCGAUGGCGCGUCCCGGCGCGCGUGCACCCCCCCCGUCCCCCCGCCCCCCCACACACACACGAACGUGCAAUCUCCGGCCCCGGGGCGGGAGACGGGGAGCAAGCCCGACAGUGAUCCCCCCACCCCCGGGCGUGUGCCUGCGUGCGUGUGUGUGUG